AAACUAAGUUCAAAACUGAUUUGUGACUUUUAAUAUACUAACAGUAUUGAUGUAUUGCUUCUGGCAUCCUUUCAUAGUCUUGAGAAACAUUAAGGGGGUGGUAGAAAGGAAAAGAGGCUGUAGACCAGAACAUGGUAAAUGACCAGCAAGGCUGGUGUCCUUUCUGGAAUGCCAGGUGUCUCACGUGAGGGUUUGAGAAAAUUUUAAUACGCAGGAAUGUAUAAUUAUGACCCUUAUGUGGAUCUUACUGUAUUCUCUACUAUUAAAAUCUUCAGUUAUGGAAGUUUAAAUAUUUCUUCAGAAAAUACCAUUAGGAGCUCUAGAUAUUUGAGAUGCAUAGGAUUAUCCAGUUCCUGUGCCAGUCAUACGCUGGUGGCCUUAAUCUCUUGCAAAGAGUGUCUACCAUUUCAUUGUUUGUUUGUGAAAAUGUAUGUCUUCUAGCAAUUCUGGGUGUCUAACUUUGUUUCGUUGAAUACUCUCUUACCUUUUGUUACGAGACCAGGAAAACAGACGUCCCCGGUUUACAGUCUAGUGUUAGCCUGUUUCUUAUUUUAAACUCUAGCUUGCUGUCAUGCCAUCUGAGGGACCUGCAUUUGCAGUCUGUAGCAUAAUAAAUUGUUUUGUUAUGGUUUUUUUCUUCCCCAUUUCGUUCUCUAGAUCCUUAUUUCUCUCAUCUCACUGAAUCCUGUAGUUCUGCUGUGGUCUUGGGUUGAGUUGGUGCAGGUUGAGAUGCCCGUCAGGGCUUGAAACAAAUUUCUUGGUGCGUUUCUGCCCUGCGUGGAGGGUUGUGCUCCUGCAUCACCCAAAAGCGGCUCGCCAGCUGCCUGCUCUGGGGGCUGUAGGCUGAGGUGCUUGCCAUGGGUGCACAGGGAUGCGUUCAUCAUCGGCGUGCUGAGGUGGGGAUAGGUAGGAUCAGGGACAGGCUGGCUUACGAGUUUAUUGAGCUGAAGGCAUCACUGGUUUAUGAGAGAUGGUCGGGUUUGGGGGGGGGGGAUUACUACAAGGGUGAGAUUCUCUGAAAGAUUCUUGUUUGACAUGGAAGAGUCCUUUGGAAGGGUGAAAUCUCAUGGCCUUUUUUUGGUGACUUAGUCUCAUUCAAAGAGUUGUAGAAAGCCCAAUGAGAUCUCGCUUUGCGGCACUGUGUUGCCGGUAGUUGAUACCACUAGAUGCCAUGUCCUUCCCUUCCUGAGGAAGGGAUGCAGAUUUUACGAGUCUUCAGUACUCUGAACCUAACCAAGAAUUUUUUUUUUUUAAGUACACCCUUUUGCUUUUUUUUGAUGCAGCAGCUGUUUUUGAUCCAUGGUGGUACGUUCUUAUCAGCAGUUCAGGCAUGUGAGAAGUUCUGCUAUCCCACCUGACUUUUUAAGUGAUGGGGUUUGUACCCAUGUCUCUUUGUGGGCUUGGUAUGCGAGAGCUUCAUCCUUGCCCCUGGAAAAGGGAAUGUCGGGAUGGAGACCUUCUCGCCCCCAGCAUUCUCGGUGCCGAAGACCGACACGGUGUCGGCUAUUCUAGUUAUGUCUGCAGAACUUGUCCAGCUAUUCCAGCAGUCCCAGCUGCUGCUUCUCGUACUGAUCAGCCAGAUACUUGGCUUCCAGGUUUCUGAUACACUUGGACUUGUUGACUUCACUAAUGUUUCUGGCACUUCAACAAGGAUGUUGGUGUUUCGUUUGUCAGUGAUGAUCAAGCUUUUCUUCCAGUUGGAUGCAUCUGUUUGUCCUGAGAAGUGUGACUGCUCUUCAAAAAAUGCAAUUCAUUGCUCCGGUCCCCACCUAAAAGCCCUGGAAUCGUUAAAUCUGCCUUGCAACAUGACAGCAAUUCACAUAACGGACACUAAUGUAACAUACUUGCAGGAUGUUUUUUCUAGGAUGGUGGAACUGCAGCAUCUCAUCUUGUCUUCAAACAACAUCUCUCUGAUUUCACCAAUGGCUUUUAAAGGCUUGAGAAGGCUAAAAGUCCUCAAACUGCUAGAUAAUAAGCUGGUCGAACUACCCCCAGAAGUGUUUGAUGACAUGGUACAGCUUCAGCAAUUGAUCAUGGAAAAUAACAGGUUGAAAUCCGUAGAAGAAAAUCUGUUUGACAAACUAGCUAGUUUGGAGGAGCUUUUCUUGAACAAAAACCAACUAACAGCACUUCCUAGUGGCGUGCUGAAGAAACUCGCCAAACUCAAAGUACUGAACUUGUCGAGAAAUUAUUUGGCAGCACUGCCUAGAAAUAUAUUUAGUGCAUUAACCAAGCUUGAGAAGCUGAUGCUGUAUUUUAACAGGCUGUCUUCAAUAGAGUCUGGUAUGUUUGAUAGCCUGAAGGAGCUGCUGGAACUCUUCCUGCAUUCCAAUAACAUCCAGUCCAUUGCUCCUGAUGCAUUUCAUUGUCUUCAUAAGCUGAGAAGCCUAACGCUCUCCAGAAACAAGCUUGAGGUUUUGCCUCCUGGGCUCUUUCUGCACUUGCAUGACCUGUCUAAAUUGACCUUGUACAGGAACCCACUGAAGUCUCUUCCAGAAGUAUUGUUUGGAGAAAUGAGGCAUCUUGGUAGCCUGUGGCUGUAUCACACAAAGCUCUCGACAAUACCAGAUUUUGUGUUCAGUAACUUGACAAAUUUAGAGCUGCUUGUGCUGAGUUUUAAUCCAGAGCUUAGUGUUCUUCCUAAGAAUGUAUUCAGUGGUCUGAAUGAACUGCGGGGCCUUUCUCUGCAUACAAAUAAUAUUUCCAGUUUGCCAGAGGGCAUCUUCCUGAGCCUUCAGAAACUGCAGAACAUUUCCCUUUUUGAUAAGAGGCUUGAGGUUCUUCCUAGAAACCUCUUUCAUAAUCUCAAGCACCUUCAGAAAGUUUACCUGAAUAGUACUAAGCUGCAGUCCCUUCCUGGAGACUUCUUUACCACUUUACCUGAGCUGCAAGAAGUCUUCCUUGACGACAACCCUUGGAAAUGUGAUUGCCAAAUUCUUGGCUUCCAAGAGUGGCUCCAAAAGAGCAUGGAGGUAGUUAAAAAUGUGCCAUCUCUAAUCUGUCACAGCCCGCUGGCACUACAGAAUAUUUCUCUUGUGGCUCUAACAGUUGAUCACCUGAAGUGCCUGCCAACCACAGCCGUUACAUACCAGACGUUCAGCUCAACUUACUCCCAGACUUCGACUUCUCUUGUUUUGGAGCACUUAACAUCAUCUUGGGAGACUACUGUAACAGCAGUGUCCGACAUGGAUACCAGCACACCCACAUCAAUUCCUCUUGCAACUCCAGCUUUUACCUACUCACAUGUUGAACAUGUUGGACAGCCUAGGUUUCAUUUCUCAGAUGUUUCAACCAAAACUUCUGCCAGUGUCAUAGUACAAACCAACAGUGUCAGAGGAACAGAUUUAACUACUCUUGCCUGGUGGGAUGAGCUGCCAGCCCACAGGAGUGCUAAACCCUAUUUUAAUACCAGAGUUGCUUAUUGUCAGCUAUUCUUGUGCCUUCACAGUUUGAUUUUAGCACUUCAGACUGUAACCAUUGUGCUCAGUCUGUAUGUGAUGGGUAAAACCAGGCAACUCUUGCGCUCUAGAAAUAGUCCUGCUCAGCCUGUAGUUCUGAUAAAAUUUUUAAGAAGAUAGAGAAUACCAGCCAAAGAGGAUUAGAAACAUUGUUUUGGAUGCAUUUUGAGCAUUUCGGCAGUUGACACUUGAUUCAGAUAUGGAGUACAAAUCUUCAUAGCAAGAACCAUAAAGACCUUGUCUUUACAGCAUAAUGAAAACGUGCUUUUAGGUACCUCGCAGUGUUUGCCAAAAGUGGUUGUAAUCACUGUAUAUUGCUGCAGCACUUGGUGCGUGAACCCAGAGGGAGAGCUGAAAGAAAAAUCUGUGGUCACCUCUACGUGUGUACUACUGGUUUCCUGCUUGGGACUGCAGCCCUGUCCCUGCCUGAUGCCACUGCCUGCUGUCGUGCUCACGCCGCUCAGAUGGAAGCGGCAUCAACGCAGGGAAGCCUACAUAGGAACACAUCUUUAGCUGUGCUUUAAAGGUUGCCCCUAGUACUCCAAAUGCUAUUAUGCCUUAUACUGCCUGCAAUGUUUUGUCUCCUUAUUGAGAAAACAAAUGGUAUUUUUUGGGAGGAGAUGCUGGGGGACCUUUUAAAAAUGGGGGUGGGGGCAGAAUGGUAUGGUGCAAGUGUCUUAGGUUUUGCUUUCUGUCCUCAGCCCCUUUCCAGGACAUAGCCGGAGGAAGGGGUACCAUUUAAAGCUAACAGUGCUUUCGUCCAGCUUAACUAGAGGAAGAUAAGUAAAAUUCUGGGCUAGGAAGUAUAAUCUUGAUCUAUUUUGUUGUUUGGUUUUGAAACUUUAUAAUGUUACUACAACUCUGAAUUUUAAGUAAACACUUUCAUCCUUAAACUUUGACCAGUGGUCUGAAAAGCAAGGUGUUACUUGCUGCAUGAUGCAGUGAGUCUUGAAACCAGAGUACCAGGCAGAUGCCCAGGACUGAGGCUUGGCUCCACAGGAGCAUAGUUGGUUUGAGAGGUGGUCUUGACUGAGCUGGGAGAGAAAGGGGUGCUUUCUGCUGGGCUUGGCUAGCAAAACAUAGGCAUGCAGCAAAGUGGCAGGGAGCCUGCCUGAACUGAGGGUCCUGAAAUGUCACCACCUUUUUUUGCAGUUGGCUGGGGAACAUUCGCAUCUCCAUCAGAUUGUGGUAUGCAGUAGCAUAUACAGUCUCUGUAUUUUUUACCUUUUCUUAUUACGUAGUAUUACUCCCUGACUUCCAGCCCUUUCAAGUGUUGAUAUACAAAGGCAACUAUGAAGCAGUAGUGUGGGUUUUGAUCUUCAUACUGAAAUGUUUAUUAAUAUUUUGAAUUAUAUGAAUAUUUUAGUUUGUAAGUAGACUGGUAGCUGUCAGACUGCAUGUGCUUUGGGAGCUCUUGGACUUAACUAUUAGCUUUUAUCUUAAUUAUGUGACUUAGCUUGUUCUUAAAAGCUCUGAUGUGCUAAAAAGCCUCUGGAUGUGGUUCCCUGGCUACUUGGGCAGGCGAUGUUAUACUCUAGGAGUCCUUUCAUAGCCUUACUGGCUUUCUAACUAGAGGUCUUUCCUGAAUGGCCUUGAAAUGGCACAUUGCAAGCCUGAGGUGAAGAGAGCUUACAUUUGCUGCAGGUUUGUGGCUUGUUCCCUGCUGUGUGUUACUCUAGGCAAUGAGAAUAAACGACAUUUCAGGGUGCUCUGCUGCUGCACUUGAAUUCCUCUUCUAGGCUGUGAAAAGAGACAGUGUGCUUCUGUGGUGUUAAAUAACCAUUGUCUUGCUGGUGAGGUUUAACAAAAUUUAGCAACCCUGGCUAAAUAGUAGUUAGAGCUGUCUCUAAAGAAGGAGAAAUAGGAGUCACUACAGCUGGUACAAAGCAAACUGGGACUGGUUUCAUAAACAGAAGCUCCAGAAUAUUUAUUGCAAUAUAUUUGAGAGAAGCACAAAACCAGCAUGAAGCUGUCUCGGUGGUGGUUCUGGGUGGUUGCAUGCUAGUGCUUAAAAGGAGGCAGUUGUUACAAAUUUAGGUUCUUGGUUGGGCAACUGUAAUGACCACUUAGUGUUGUGCCAGCUCCAGUGCUGUCUUACUGGUGCCACGCAAGCAUCUGCUCGCAGCAGGCAGGAGAUAAGUAUAAUCUGGACCAACGAGGAAAUUGUUCUACAAACCAUGCUGGUUAUUGUUUGCCUGGGUGAGGCACUGAAGAAGAGCGCCCGUGGCUAUGGGCACUUGGAUGCACACUGUCCGAUUUCUAAGAAAAAGCAACAGGUUGGUCACCACAUGGGUGUACCACACCCUGAUGUCCGACCUCUGGAAGAGCAGUGGAUUAGCAGCAACUGCUAUCUUUCUGAACCCUCCUCCGGCUUCCCCGGCCCUGCUGGGUCUCUGCGCUGCUCCUUUGGCUCCCGUUGCGCACUCGCUGAGCUCUGGCACGUGGGGGCUUUGGCACGGGGCUGCGUACAAUCAAGUGCUAAGAGGAGGAUGAUUUGUCUUUACAUGCUGUCAUCGGGCUUUCCCCGUGCUUGA